AAAUAGUGCACCGCUUUCCAUUCGUCGAUGUCCAAUCUUCCGCCGCUUCUGCUACUUGUUCUCCUUCUUCAAGCGUAUCUGAACAAAGACGAGUGGCCAAGGCGGCUUUAUUUCUUUUCCGAGUCUACACAUCAUACGGAACAGCAUGGACAACACCAUAUGCAGCCAAGGCAGUAUGUAACUAUUGUCUGUUCUACUUAUUGAACCAUAUUAAAGUGUUGAGGAAAGCAUCACUUCAUUGUUGCAUAGAAAGGAUGAUUCCCGAACACAUAAAUGCAGAUGGUUCACAUCGACGCCAUCAGCUCACUGCCAUAAGGGUUGUCCGGGGUAUAUUAUGUUUAGCGGUUUUACUCACAACUGCCUGUAUGACAUUAAUCUACUGUGCACCUUUAUUUACUCUUCUCCUGAGGCUUUUCAGCAUACAUUAUAGUCGAAAGGUGGUUGCAUUGUUGUUUGGUGCAUGGCUCUCUAUGUGGCCAUUUCUAUUUGAGAAGAUAAACAACACUAAAGUUGUUUUUUCUGGGGAUAGUGUGCCUUCAAAGGAGCGAGUGCUGCUCUUUGCCAACCAUAGAACAGAAGUCGACUGGAUGUACCUAUGGGAUCUUGCAUUGAGGAAGGGUUGCUUGGGAUCUAUUAAGUACGUCUUAAAGAGUAGCUUGAUGAAAUUGCCUGUGUUUGGCUGGGGAUUUCAGGUUCUGGAGUUUAUUUCAGUGGAGAGGAAGUGGGAAAUUGAUGAGUCAAUGAUGCGAAGGAAGCUUUCAACUUUCAAAGACACCAGAGAUUCUCUUUGGCUGGCAGUUUUCCCAGAGGGCACUGAUUAUACAGAACAGAAAUGCUUGAUGAGCCAAAAAUAUGCAGCUGAAAAUAGCUUACCAAUUCUAGAGAACGUGCUCCUUCCAAAAACUAGGGGCUUUUAUGCUUGUUUUGAAGCUCUGAGAGAGUCCCUGGAUGCUGUCUAUGAUAUAAGUAUCGCAUACAAGCAUCGCUGCCCAACCUUUUUGGAUAAUGCCUUUGGCGUUGAUCCGCUUGAGGUCCAUAUUCAUAUUCGACGGUUCUCACCACAUGAGAUUCCAGCAUCUGAGAAUGAUGUUGCUGUAUGGUUGACUGAGAGGUUUAGGAUCAAAGACCAACUUCUCACCGACUUUACCAAUCUUGGUUGUUUUCCAGAUGAAGGGACUGAAGGAGAUCUCUCAACGUUUUCAUGCCUGGUAAAAGUUGCUGCCAUGUUAUUCCUUACAUGCGUAUUUAUAUACCUUACGUUUUUCUCGGCCUUCUGGUUUAAGAUAUAUGUUCUUAUUAGUGCUGUUUACCUUACAUAUAUCACCCACUUUGAUAUUCAACCAACUCCAAUUUUAGGCUCUCUACAGGCCUUGAUCUGUAGUAAGAAAGAAUUGUGAAGUUAUAUCAUUUUAUUUAGUUUUUUUUUUUUCCUUUUUUAUUUUCUUUCAGCAGUUGUUGAAAUUUAUGUUCUGCUUUAGUUUUUGUUGAUGACAUUUUUGUAGCUUGUAACUACUAAUAAGUAUGCAAAAUAAACGCAUAUUGGCAAUUAAUUGAAGCUUUGAUUGAUGUGGUA